UCAGUCUGAGUAGUUGUGAAGAAUGUAAUUGUUUUGAAAUUAAAUAAUUAUUGAAUUAGCAAUUAUAUGCAUUACGCGAUUGUAUUAAGAGAAGUAAAGUAAUUAUAUUAACUUGUUUUGCUUUCAAUUAAAAGAUAGUUUAAUCAGUAGCUGAUGAUAAGUGGGGUUUAUCCAAGAGUAGAUAUUUUAAUAAACAGAUUGAGGAAAUUCAGUUAUUAAGCAAUGUCUAAAACCAACAUGUGUCACAAUAAAUAUAAUCUCAUUAUUUUAUAUUUUGUAACACUAUUAAAUGUUACACUUGCUGGAGAAGUCGGAGACCAGUGUGUUCCUACAGAAAAAAUAUCGGAGGGAACAUGUAAACUGAUAAUGGAUUGUAACGAUGCUUUAAGUUACAUUCGAUCAAAGGAAUAUCAUCCAUACAGUAGAUGUGGCUUCCGUGGCAGAUCCGAAAUAGUAUGCUGCCCAUCCACAGUCCAGGAUAAUUUUGGAGCGGAAGAAAGAAUUGCUGACAGAGAAUGCCAGAAAAUAAUAGCCACAACCUUACCACCUCUAGGGUCCCAUAUAAUCGGUGGGGAAAAUACGUCACGUGGGGAGUUCCCACAUAUGGUGAUACUUGGAUACAAUGUUUCAGGCGAAUAUCAAUUUCGAUGCGGCGGUUCAUUGAUAUCGCACUCUUAUGUACUAACGGCAGCUCACUGUGUGGACUCAUUGGAUGGAAUAAACCCUACGAUAGCUCGCAUGGGUGUGGUAUUGCUUGGCGACGGAAGUUUCAACAGCCGUUCGGACGUAAGAAUAGUGGAGCUCAUAAAGCAUCCGAAUCACACCAGGCGCUUCAAAUACAACGACAUAGCCUUGAUAAAGUUGGAAAAGCCUGUCAAGUUUUCAUCUAACGUGAGCCCCAUAUGUUUGUAUACCAAAGAUGACGAUCCCUCGAUAUCUCUCUCUAUUACUGGUUGGGGCAGAGUUAGUGUUUCAAAAAACAUAAGGAAUCCAUUACUGCAGAAGGCAACCGUUACUGCGGUAUCGAAGAGUGAGUGCGAGAAGGUACACCCCGUGUCGCGGAGGGUACCGAAUGGCAUCACCAGCGAGCAAAUCUGCGCCGGCGAUCCUCUGGGCUUGCGCGACACUUGCCAGGGCGAUUCAGGCGGGCCACUCCCGGGUUUGACUACCGACGACGGGUUUUUCAGGUUAGUCGGAGUGACGUCAUAUGGACGCGGCUGCGGCACGCCCUUGCCUGCCGUAUAUACGCGCGUGUCCCGAUAUCUAGACUGGAUUGAGAGUGUUGUGUGGCCAAAUCUAGUUUAGAUGGUGAAGCUUCAACCUCACUAGAGCUGGUCUUUGCUUUUACUUGGUUGGCCUGAAGUUGGCUCUUGCGAACGCUCGCGCAUGUACCAUGUAAAAUGUUAUAGCUAAUAAAAAAAACAUUUAAACUACAUCUGCGCACGAACAGCUACUCGAUAAUAAUUUAUUCGUAGAUCUUUCCAUAUUAUUUAAUGCAUUAUUUUUUCAUGCCUGAAUAAAUUUAAGUGAGAAAACUUCCUUAAUGUAACGGAUAAGACGUCAACCAGUGCGUCUACUGCAGAUUAAAGAUUGAUAAUUUGUCAAAGCCAAGCCCGCUAUGUUGUUGAACCCUAACGCCAUGCCGAAGCAAUGUCAAAAAUACCGACAUUAGAUCUGUAUGUCAAGCUAGUCGAAGCCCGCUAUUUUUUUAAAUAUGAAUAAAAAUAUUUUGAU